GGACGACCGCGUUGCGGUGCCACCAUGGGCAGCAAGGAGCGCUUCCACUGGCAGAGCCACAACGUCAAGCAGAGCGGCGUGGACGACAUGGUGCUGCUCUCCAAGAUCACUGAGGAGGCCAUCGUGGAGAACCUCAAGAAGCGCUUUAUGGACGACUACAUCUUCACCUACAUCGGGCCGGUGCUCAUCUCRGUUAACCCCUUCAAGCAGAUGCCCUACUUCACCGACCGGGAGAUUGAGCUCUACCAAGGGGCGGCGCAGUACGAGAACCCUCCCCACAUCUACGCGCUGACCGACAACAUGUACCGCAACAUGCUCAUCGACGGCGAGAACCAGUGCGUCAUCAUCAGUGGAGAAAGUGGGGCUGGGAAAACAGUGGCGGCAAAAUACAUCAUGGGCUACAUCUCCAAAGUGUCCGGAGGUGGAGAGAAAGUACAGCACGUCAAGGACAUCAUCCUGCAGUCCAAUCCUUUGCUGGAAGCAUUCGGGAAUGCCAAAACUGUCAGGAACAACAACUCCAGCCGCUUCGGCAAGUACUUCGAAAUCCAGUUCAGCCGGGGCGGCGAGCCGGAUGGAGGGAAGAUMUCCAACUUCCUGCUGGAGAAGUCCCGUGUGGUGAGCCAGAAYGAGAACGAGAGGAACUUCCACAUCUACUACCAGCUCAUUGAAGGGGCAUCCCAGGAGCAGCGGCAGAACCUGGGCAUCAUGACACCCGACUAUUACUACUACUUGAACCAGUCAGACACCUACCAAGUCGAUGGCACUGAUGACUGCAGUGACUUCCACGAGACUAUCAACGCCAUGCAGGUCAUCGGCAUCUGCAGAGAGGACCAGCAACUCGUGCUGCAGAUCGUGGCGGGGAUCCUCCACCUGGGGAACAUUGGCUUCUGUGAAGAGGGCAACUACGCCCAAGUGGAAAAUGCCGACGCACUGGCCUUCCCUGCCUACCUGCUGGGGAUCAACCAGGAGCGGCUCAACGACAAGAUCACCAGCAGGAAGAUGGACAGCAAGUGGGGCGGCCGCUCGGAGUCCAUCAACGUGACCCUCAAUGUGGAGCAGGCAGCCUACACGCGGGAUGCCCUGGCCAAAGGCCUCUACACGCGGGUCUUUGACUUCCUUGUGGAGUCCAUUAACCGGGCCAUGCGGAAGCCACACGAGGAGUACAGCAUUGGGGUGCUCGACAUCUACGGCUUUGAAAUAUUCCAGAAAAACGGCUUUGAGCAAUUCUGCAUUAACUUUGUGAACGAGAAGCUGCAGCAGAUCUUCAUCGAGCUGACCCUCAAGGCAGAGCAGGAAGAGUAUGUGCAGGAGGGCAUCAAGUGGACCCAGAUCCAGUACUUCAAUAACAAGGUGGUGUGUGACCUGAUCGAGAACAAGCUGAACCCCCCCGGCAUCAUGAGUGUCCUGGACGACGUCUGCGCCACCAUGCACGCGACUGGAGAAGGAGCCGACCAGACCUUGCUGCAGAAACUGCAGGCGGCUGUGGGGACACACGAGCACUUCAACAGCUGGAGCUCGGGCUUUGUCAUCCACCACUACGCAGGCAAGGUCUCCUAUGAUGUUACGGGCUUCUGCGAGCGCAACCGUGACGUGCUCUUCACUGACCUGAUUGAGCUCAUGCAGAGCAGCGAACAUGGUUUCAUCCGGAUGCUUUUCCCAGAAAAGCUGGAUUCUGACAAAAAGGGCCGACCAACYACAGCAGGCUCCAAAAUCAAGAAACAGGCUAACGACCUGGUGAACACGCUGAUGAAGUGCACGCCACACUACAUCCGCUGCAUCAAACCCAACGAGACCAAGAAACCCAGGGACUGGGAGGAAAGCAGGGUGAAGCACCAAGUCGAGUACCUGGGAUUGAAGGAGAACAUCCGGGUGCGCCGGGCAGGCUUCGCCUACCGCCGCAUCUUCCACAAGUUCUUGCAACGGUACGCCAUCCUCACCCCGGAGACAUGGCCCUCCUGGCGAGGGGACGAGUGCCAGGGUGUGCAGCACUUGCUGCGGUCUGUUAACAUGGACCCGGACCAGUAUCAGAUGGGCCGGAGCAAGAUUUUCGUCAAGAACCCCGAAUCGCUCUUCCUCCUCGAAGAGAUGCGGGAGCGCAAGUUCGACGGCUUUGCCCGGGUGAUCCAGAAGGCCUGGCGGCGACACGUUGCCGUCAGGAAGUACGAGCAGAUGCGAGAAGAGGCUUCGAACAUCCUCUAUAACUUCAAAGAGAGGAGGAGAAACAGCAUCAACAGGAACUUUGUGGGUGAUUACCUGGGCAUGGAGGAACGGCCGGAGUUGCGCCAGUUCAUGGCCAAGAGGGAGCGGAUAGACUUCGCUGACUCYGUCACCAAGUACGACCGGAGAUUUAAGCCCAUCAAGAGAGACUUCAUCCUCACYCCCAAGUACUUGUACCUGAUUGGUCGGGAGAAGGUGAAGAAAGGUCCUGAGAAGGGGCAGAUCAAGGAAGUGCUCAAGAAGAAGGUGGAGAUCCAGGCUGUGAGUGGCGUCUCGCUGAGCACAAGGCAGGAUGACUUCUUCAUCCUCCAUGAGAAUGAAGCCGACAAUUUCUUGGAGUCUAUCUUUAAGACGGAGCUCAUCAGCUUGCUGUGCAAACGCUAUGAGGAGCUCACCAGCAGCAAGUUGCACCUCGCCUUCAAAGACACACUACAGUUCCGGGUGAAGAAGGAGGGCUGGGGCGGUGGCGGCACCCGCAACGUCACCUUCAUGAGAGGCCAGGGUGACAUGGCCACCCUCAAAGCAGGAGGCAAAACCCUUACGGUCAGCAUUGGGGACGGGCUCCCCAAGAACUCCAAACCCACCAGGAAGGGCAUGACGCAGAGUAGAGGUUGCCACAGGCCACCAGCGCCCUCCCGAAGUGCCCCACCAGCGCCAAGGGGUACCUGCAGGAAUGGGGCACCUCAGUUCCCCCGCAGCCACAGCCGGGCGCAGCAGAACACCACCACGCCACACCAGAAGCAGGCACGGGGACCACCAGUUGCAGCACUGCCCUUGCAAAGCAGUCGUAAGGCGAAGACGCGGCCCCCUUCUGAGCAGAACAUGGAGUUCCUCAACGUGCCCGACCAGGGGGUGGCUGGCAUGCAACGGCGACGAAGCGUGAGCCAGCGGCCCCCUCCAGCCGGGCGCCCCAAGCCCCAGCCCAAGGUCGCCAUCCCUCGCUGCCAGGCGCUGUACCAGUACGUGGGGCAGGACGUGGAUGAGCUCAGCUUCAACGUGGGGGACAUCAUUGACAUCCUCUUGGAAGAUAUCUCCGGUUGGUGGAAAGGGCGACUGCAUGGCAAGGAAGGCCUUUUCCCUGGGAACUAUGUGCAGAAGAUCUGAGCUCCAUCCAGUGCUUGCACAGCCAGGUGCAAUGGGAGGCCAUCAGGAGCAUCCUCCCACCCCAUCUCCAAUGAAGACGGGCAACCUGAGCAAGACCCAUGUCCCUGCCCGRGGCAGGCUGAUGGUGGGAAACAGCCGCCUGUGACCUGGAAGCCACUGCAGACCCCAGAGACAGGCUUUGYCCAGAUCAUUUCUGAGUCCAGCACGAGGAGCGGGCUGACCAGCUUCUUUCUGCUGAUGCUGGUGUUGAAUAACCAUUUCCCCUUUGAGCUGGCCACCCUCUGGGCCCCCUGUCCCCUUUGCUGCUUCCUCAGCCCAUUACCCACCUCUGUGCCGCCCAUACCCGCCAGCCAGCUCUGUGCUGCUGGAAAGCACCGAUUUCUGCGGCUACUUGAAUUCACAGCC